GCAGCAGAUUGUCAGUUCACACAGAGAUCUGCGGACACAGGAGAUAUCUCCGAUCAGACCAGCUCGUAUCCCGUAGCAGACCAAUUCAUUCCCGUUGGUUUUUCUUUUGGAGAUAAUACAGUAGUUAAAAACAGACAUCCAAAGAAAUCAGCAAAGUUAAAUACUAAGAAGGGAAGGAAGAAGAAUGGGGCAGAAAACGCCAUUAAUAUUGAUGACUUUAUUGUCUUAUUGCGUCUGGAGAGAUGAGGCUCUGGCCAUGACGGAGGUGAAUGGACCUGUUAGUCCUCAUGUGGCAGAACCUCAGAUUGCCAUGUUUUGUGGUCGUCAGCUUCUACACAUGAACACUGAGAGUGGACAGUGGGAACCAGAUCCUCAGGGGCGACAGGGAUGCUUCACCCAGCCCAGCAAGAUCCUGUCAUACUGUCGGGAGAUGUAUCCAGGACUGCAGAUCUCCCAUGUGGAAGAGUCUUCAUCUCCAGCGACUAUCCCAGGCUGGUGUAAGAAGGGCUGGGGUCACUGUCAGACCCGCUCCUUCAUCGUCGUGCCCUACCGUUGUCUAGUGGGUGAGUAUGUCAGCGAGGCACUCUUGGUUCCGGAUCGUUGCCGUUUCUUACACCAGGAGCAGAUGGAUUCUUGUGAGAGCUACGUGUACUGGCACAACAUCGCCAAAGAGGCCUGCACAGCUGACAGUCUGGAGCUGCAUAGUUAUGGGAUGUUGUUGCCGUGCGGUGACCGUUUCCGUGGGGUGGAGUACGUCUGUUGCCCAGGCAGGGCAGGAUCGAGUGGACGAGGAGAGACGGAGACUACAGACGCUGUACAAGGAGAAACAACACCCUUUGUGUCCAUAGCUGGAGAAAAAGUGGUCACAAGUGUGAAAACGUCGCCACCCACUCCCAGUCCCUCACCUGAGAUGGACAUCGAGGAAGACGACAUGGAGGAGGAAGAGGAAGAGGUAGUGGAGGAAGAAGCAGAGGAAGAAGAAGAGGAGGAGGAGGAGGGAAAUGAUGAGGAGGCAGCUGAGGUAGAGGAAGCUGAGGAGGAGGAAACUGCAACGACAGUGAAAGACCAGGAAGAGUACGAGUAUCCCAUCGACUCUCAUUUCCAAGGCCAAGACUACAUGGACAACUUCUACUAUGACAAGAACCUCCAGACUGCCAAAGCCUCCACCCAACCUCAAACACGGAUGGACAACCUGCCCACUCCUCGUCCUACAGAUGGUGUCGAUGUUUACUUCGAGAUGCCAGGUGAUGACAGUGAACAUGCCAACUUCCUACGUGCCAAGUUGGACCUGGAGGAACGGCGAAUGAAACGCAUCAAUGAGAUCAUGAAGGAGUGGGCAGAGGCAGACAACCAGUCAAAGAACCUGCCCAAGUCAGACCGCCAGGCACUGAAUGAGCACUUCCAGUCUGUUUUACAGACCCUUGAGGAGCAGGUAGUGGGUGAGAGGCAGAGGCUGGUGGAGACGCACCUGGCCCGUGUUGUUGCCACCCUGAAUAACAACCGUAGACUGGCUCUGGAGAGCUAUCUGAGCGCUGUGCAGAGCGACCCUCCACAGCCGGACCGUGUUCUUCAGGCUCUGAAGCGUUAUAUGGCCGCAGAGCAGAAGGACAGACGACACACUCUACGUCAUUACCAGCACAUUGAGUCUGCUGACCCCCAGAAAGCUGAGCAGAUGAAAUUCCAGGUGUACACACACCUCCAUGUGAUCGAAGAGAGAAUGAACCAGAGCCUGGCUCUGCUCUACAAGGUCCCCGGCCUGGCUGAGAAGCUUCACGAUGAGAUCCAAGAGUUGGUGAGAACAGAGAGGGGGGACAUCAGUGAGCUCAUGACCACUUCCUUUUCUGAGACACGCACCACUGAAGAGCUGCUUCCUGCCGAGAGCGAAGAAGAGUGAGAUGACGAGGAGGAAGAAGACAGGGCUUUCCAGAAUCGCCCCUAUCCACCACGCAUCGACCCCCAGCCUAAUGAAAAGAAAGUUUCAUCAGUGGAUGAGUAUGACUACACCACCUCUGAGAGAGGACCAACUUAUGAAUACGAGGAGAAGAUCAACACGUCUGUAGAGCUGAAGCAGGUGGUCUACAAGUCUCCAGGAAUCCAGAGAGAUGAGCUGCAGCCGGACGUUUUGGAAACGUUUAACCGAGGGGCAAUGGUGGGGCUGCUGGUGGUUGCCGUGGCCAUCGCAAUGGUGAUGGUCAUCAGCUUGUUGUUAGUCCGCCGUAAACCGUAUGGAACCAUCAGUCAUGGCAUAGUGGAGCAGGUCGACCCCAUGCUGACCCCCGAGGAGAGACAGUUAAAUAAGAUGCAGAAUCACGGCUAUGAAAACCCCACUUACAAAUUCUUCGAGCAAAUGAACUGAGGAGGGCUCUGCAGUCCCAAGGCCAUGCCCUCUUCUCUCGCCUCCCGUUUUUUGAUUGGGGUUUCACUGCAACCCCCUCUCCCUCGUACUGUAUGUAUGUCUAUAUGACCGAUGUUCAAAAUGUACAACAAACCCGGCACGCAAAUAGGGAGUUUGUAGUAAAACGUUUGCAUACUACUCUCUCAUCAGGGAGAGACACUAAUAAGAGAAUCCGCAGAGCACCGAAAGCUCCUUUAUCCCCCAGUUUUUGCUUUUGUUCAUGAGGGUGUGGCCCCGCCGAGCAUGUUCGGCCAUUUUAAAAUCUUGGAAUAGCGUCACACUUUCUUUCCGAAUGAAUUAUGUGUUUCAAAGAAGCUAAACAUGAUCGACCUGAGUGGUUUUUGUCAUUUCUAUUUUAAAGCAGAGUUUAUUUCAUUGUGAAACGGUGAAAUGAAUGAUAUAUUUUUGAGUUCACCGGAAGAUGUUUUGACCCUCUAAGAAGACUUAGUUAUAGAUUCGAGUCAUUUUAGACUGCUAGUUUCAUUCUGUUUGACUUAAAACGAACGAGGUUUGUAUUCACAUAUAACUCAUCCGUCAGACAUUCUGGUAGAUUGUUAGUCUCAAAUCACACCGUAAGAAACUAAAUGUUCCACGAACGUUCAUCGAACAAUACUACCCGAAAGCUUAGAAUAUUUUUCUGGUAUUGCUUCUUUAAAAGUCAAUUCUAAGUAAUCUGAAGUCCAUACGCGUAAAGAAAAGCAUGCUAAAUUUGGUGUAUGAUGCUAUAACGUACUUGUGUUGGUCCUGUUUCUUGCUUUUUGAUAAAAAUGAAAAUAUCACAGUGCAACAAUGACGUGUACAUAACUAAAGACGUAACUCAAAUAGACGUUUCUAUCAUUAAUUUGUAUCGACGCAACGUGUGGACGUAAAGAUGACCUUGUGCUGCUCACACAGAGAACGAAACAUUUCCUAACAUGGCUGAAUGAAAACGGACUGUUGUAUAAA